AUUCAUUCCUCUUCUCAUUGCCAAUGUCACCAUUCCAUUUUUCAUUCUUUUACAUCAAACUUCAAACUCUACACUUUCCUUGUUUUCCCCGCUCUGAAACGUUCCCCUCUUAUUAUCUUUCAUUUUUGGUUUGAUUCAAUAAUCAUCAAUAGCAUUAAUAAUGGGUGGAGAGGUUAAGAUCUGGAAUCCCGUUGAAAUCGCAGAACAAGCUCGUAAUGACUAUGCCUCGCAGAUUUUUCCCUCUCUUCUCACCAUUGAUCCCUCUCUCUCCCUUCCUCAAAUGACACCUCUCGUCAUUAAUUUGUGCAAGGACAUGUUCAAGGCCUGGUCAAAAUUUGAUGAUUCUUGCUUUAAAGUUGAGCAAAUUUCUGGAGGCAUAACAAAUAUGUUACUGAAGGUCACAGUUAAAAAAGGGGAUUCUAUUAAUGAGAUUAUAACCAUCAGAUUGUAUGGACCUAACACUGAGUACAUCAUUGACCGCCAUCGAGAAUUGCAGGCCAUCAAAUACAUCACUGCUGCAGGAUUUGGUGCUAAGUGGCUUGGAAUAUUUGGAAAUGGCAUAGUGCAAUCUUUUAUUAAUGCGCAUACUCUUACUCCAUCAGAUAUGCGAGACCCAAAACUGGUUGCUAAAAUAGCCAAACAACUUCGAAGAUUUCACCAUGUGGAAAUUCCAGGUUCUAAGGAACCUCAAUUAUGGAAUGAUAUAUGGAAGUUUUAUGAGAAAGCUUCUGUUCUAAAAUUUGACGAUGGUGAAAAGCAAAAGACUUACGAGACAGUUUCAUUCAAGGAACUUCAUGAGGAAAUUCAUGAUCUCCAGGUGCUGUGUGACCGUCUCAAAUCUCCUGUUCUUUUUUCUCACAAUGACUUGCUUUCUGGAAACAUAAUGAUUAAUCAUGAAGAAGAUGCACUUUACUUAAUUGAUUAUGAAUAUGCGUCCUACAACUACAGAGGAUUUGAUAUAGGGAACCACUUUGCAGAAUAUGCUGGUUUUGAAUGUGACUACUCCUUGUACCCAAAUAUGAAUGAACAAUAUCAUUUCUUCAGGCAUUACUUACAGCCUGACAGACCUCAUGAGGUGCCUGAGAAUGAUCUUAAAACUUUGUAUGUUGAGGCAAAUAUAUAUGCACUGGCAUCGCACCUUUUCUGGUCUUUGUGGGGACUAAUUCAGGCAAAGAUGUCCCCAAUAGAUUUCGAUUAUCUUGAUUACUUUUUCCUUCGAUACAAGGAGUACAAAAGGAAGAAAGAAAAGCAUGUAUCGAUGGCGCUAUCCUACCUUUCGGAAUGCAGGAACGAAUAGAGAUAGAUUCAACUUCAUCAAUCACUCAUGGGUUGGUAUGUGAAGUUUUUAGCACGAGGCCCUGAUUCAUGUAGUUUAAUGUUUCGAUAAAAAAAUUGUAGUUAAAUGUUUGUGUAAAAUAUCUUUUGUAGUCGGCCAUUACAAUGAUGGCAAAGUUAGGCAUUUAAUUUGAGCUCAGGUAGCUCCUUAUUGUUGUAAUCUUGAAAUUGAGGCUUUCAAAUGGAUUUCUCAUUCUUUCUC